UUAUAGUUUUAUCAUAUUUCAUUCGGCAUACUUGAUACUGACGAAACUGGCUGCAUACAUAGUUGGUACUUAUAGUUGUAGCCGAUUUAAAAGCACACAUGUGUGUUGCGCAUGCUCGAAAGCUGCCGGCUUAAUACCAUCUCGUCCGGAUGUGAGGUUGAUUUUCAUCGGCUGCCGGUUUUCGAAAGCGAAAUCUUUGUAGCAUUUGUUCUCGACAGAUAUAAAUACUUUUGCGCAUUCAUUUUGGAUUCACCCGUUUCUCGGAUUUGCAUCUUUCAUCAUAUUAUCGAGACCAGCGAUCGAAACUGUGAACAAUUUGCAGCUUAUGCAUAUGAAGUGACUAAUCUUUUUCUGGAGUUACGCGGAAAGCUAAUUCACAUUAAUUAUUAUGGCAUCUUACAAUAACGCACAUCAGCAGUCGGAAAGAAAGGUGUUCAAGAGUUCCGCGGUUAUCGUUCCUCAGUCGACAUCGACUGGUUUUCAAGAUCAGUCGUUUCAAAACUACCAGAACAUGGCAACGAUGGCGAUGCAGCAGCAGCAUCAGCAGUACAAUCCCAAUGCGCCGCCCGCCGUCCCCUCCAAGCCAGCCGGCGGUCAGAUGAACGUCCAGUACUCUACCCAGUCGUCUCCACAAUAUUCCAGUCAACUGAGUCAAGGCGCUAAUCAACAACAAUUCACAUCGUCCCAGAACUUUAACCAGCAUUACGGGACGCAGCAGGCGCAGUGCAACCAGCAGUUCUCCUCACAGGUGCAAUUAAAUCAGCAACAGCCGGCUCAACCGCACCAGGUCAGCACACAACAGCAGAAUUACCAGAAUCAGCAACAGCAACAGUACACUCAGCAAUACAGCGAACAACAACAGCUCAGCCAGAAUCAACAACAGCAGUCUAGCCAACAGAUCAAUGUCCAGCAACAGCACCAGUACAACCAAGUCCAGCAACAGCAAAAUCAACAGCAGCUGCGAGGACAGCAAAUCCAUCCGCAACCAGCAGGUCAACGUGGACAGCAAACUCAACAGUUCGAACAGCGACAGGAUUUCAACAGUCAACAGCAACAUCAGUACAGCAACGGCGGCGGACAGCGUCCACCGACCGGCCAAGGUGCGCCGUCGUUCUUGCAGAAGAAACACUUUGUGGCCAAUCAGACCAAUGUGGAAUGGAAGAACUUGUCUAUGCGCAAAGUGGAGCGAUCCAACAGCCAAAACUUUCAAUCCAACCAGGUGGACUCGGACGAAGACGGUCACCUACCGGAAUUUACCAGCAUGCUGCACGAUUUGAAUGACCUGCGCGAAGGCGAACGCGCCCAUUUCGACUGUUGUCUGGCGCCGCAGUUGGUGGGAGAUUCGUCCAUGAAGGUCACCUGGACGAAAGACGGUCAAGCUAUCCAAGCUAAUAGCCGUUUCAUCAUACAAGAAAGUUUUGGUCGUUUGUCGUUGGAUAUUAUUGGAGUGCGCCCCGAAGAUCAGGGCAAUUACCAAGUGUACGUCUCGAAUAAUCAGGGCGAUGCCGCCAGCCAGGCGACCCUGCGAGUACAGCCUGUGGCUAAAGCAUUUACUCCAACUGGUCCGGGACAAUCGGACGAAGGCAGCGCUCGCUUCAUCCCGGAAAUGAUUCGGGAAGAGCGCAGCACGGAGCAUCCACAGUUCACGGAGCGACUUCCGGAGACUUUGGUCAUCGAAGAAGGCGAACCACUGCGCUUGCAAGCAUCACUGCAGCCGGCUAACGAUCCUCUGAUGAAGGUUAACUGGACAUUCAAUGGACGACCUUUGCUAAUGGGUUCAAGAAUGGCUAUAUUCUAUGACUUUGGCUUGGUGACUCUGAGUAUUUUGGACGUUCGUGCGGAGGAUUCGGGUUCUUAUGUGUGCACUGCUCGCAACUCACUUGGACAAGCGGAAACUCGAACACAACUGACGUGCCAAACCAAGGGUAAAAGCACGGUUAAGCCCAUGUUCCAAGAACCGUUGGUCGUGACACCUGGCGGGGAUCUGAACGAAGGGGAUUACGUUCAUCUGGAAACUCGUAUUGAGCCUCGCAACGACGCUUACGUCAUCAUCGAGUGGUACCACAACGACCGGCUCAUUCAGACUGGUCAGCGCUUGCGACCGCAUUACGACUUCGGCAUCGUUACGUUGGACAUUGUCGGGGCAUACGCCGAGGAUUCCGGCACGUUCACAGUGCGGGCCACCAACAGUCUGGGAUCGGAUACAACGUCCGUCACUCUCCGCGUUGCAGGCAAGCCGGGCCUGCUUUUGGAUUCGCAGCAUCCCGAAGGGCUAGCCAAGAUUGCUGAGCUGGAGUACAAGGACUUUUCUCGCGAAUUCACUUACAACGAUUACUCCAAACAUGAGCCAAGAUUUUCUGAGCAACUGCCACGUUUGCCAGAUUUUAAUGAAGGGGAAAAGCUACGCUUGGAAGCACAAGUCGAGCCGCGCGGAGAUCCCAACAUGAAAGUCGAAUGGUUCCUUAAUGGCCGACCGAUCAAUAACGGCCACCGAACACGAACUGUUUUCGAUUUCGGCUUCGCAUCGUUGGAUGUGCUGGACGUGCAGACGCGCGAUGCCGGUGAAUACGUGAUCCGUGCCACGAACACCUUGGGCACUGCGGAGUCCAAGACUUUCCUGAAAGUGAUUGGACGUGGCGGAGUGAUUAGCGAUGCUCAGUAUGCGGCCAGUCUGGAUAAGAUUCGCGAUCUGGAAAGCUACGAGAACGGACCAUCGUACAUCCCGGACACUAUCCAGGAUGAGUUGCCGGCUUCCGCUCCUAUGUUCACCGAACAGCUACAACCAGUUCCUGAGCUGCGUGAAGGGCAGAGCAUUCAUCUGGAAUGCACUGUUUCUCCGCCUAACGAUCCUACGCUGAAAGUGGAAUGGUUCGUCAAUGGUCGCCCGCUUCAUACCGGUUCUCGCUUCCGUGUGUUUAAUGAUUUCGGUGCCAUUGGUUUGGACAUUCUGGGUGUCAUCCCAGAGGAUUCCGGUGAAUAUGUGGUCAAAGUGUCGAAUGCUCUUGGAUCAAACACUUCCUCUACCUAUCUCCAAGUCAAAGCUCGUGCGGCUAUCAUCCUGGAACCCCAAGCUCCUGGCGGCGCCGAGAAGGUGCGUGAGCUGGAGGACAUGCUGAACUAUAAGCCACAGGCCUAUGACGAAGACGUCACUCAUCAAGCCCCAAUCUUCGUCCGGCAACUGCAAGGACCACAAGGAAAGGUCAAAGAGGGACAGUCUAUCCAUCUGGAGUGCCAGGUCCAACCGAUUAAUGAUCCUUCACUCAAAAUUGAAUGGUUCUUUAAUGGAAGACCACUUGCUACCGGAUCUCGAUGCCGUUUCACCCAUGACUUGGAGUAUGUCGCACUGGAUAUGCUGUAUGUUUUUCCCAGAGACUCCGGUGACUAUUCGGUGAAGGUCACUAAUUCGGCAGGAAGUGUUGUUUCUAGCACGAAAGUACACUGUUUCGAGAAGAAGAAUGUCGUCACAGAAUCGCUGAAUCCACGUGCCUUGAAAAAGAUCCAAGAUCUGGAAGCAUGGAAUCUGUAAUUUUAUCUUUGAAUAAUAACGUUCACAUAUAUGCUCCAUAAAUAGUUUUUCAGUUAUGUAUGCGCUUCUUCCCGGCUGCUUUGGGCCUUUUUUAUUUUUCAUUAUUCUUGGUUUUAGCAUAUUAUGUUUGGAAUCGGCAGUCCGUUUUCACAUAUAUAUAUAUGGAUUGCACUUUCACCACGGCAUAAAAUUAAGCAUUUAUGUUG